AUGCUGCUAGCGCCGUCGCUUCAGGUUAUGGACCUCGUCCACAUGGUCAUUCAAGGCAACCUCUCCGCCCUGAUGGAGGACGUCACCCCGUCCAACGUCAACUACACGGAUCCUCAGUACCGCCUAUCGCUGCUGAUGUGGGCUGUUACCCUCAACCGACUCCCUACGGCACAAAUGCUGCUCAGUCGCGGGGCCUCGUUGGCGCUGGUGGACCGGCACGGGUUCACGAUCCUGCACCGAGCUGUGUGGAACGCCGACGUGCCGAUCAUUCACAUGGUACUCUUCAUAACCCCCAUGUCGGCAGUCGCUUCUUCUUCUGAUGCUGGUGCCACAGGCACACACACCUUCACCACCUCCUCGCAGUCGGCGUCGUCUUCGCUACUGACGUGGCGUCCCGGGGCGCAGCGCCUCGUGAACGCCGUGCAUCCAGCCACCGGCCGCACACCGCUGAUGCUGGCUGCUCUUUCCGGGCGUGCUGACGUGGUUCGCUUUCUCCUUGUCACCUGCGCCGCUGAUCCGUACCCGCGGGACUCGUACGGCCUCACCGCCGUGGAUCUGGCGGCGCUGUGCGGACACCUGCAUGUGGUGCAGCAGCUGCUGAACCUGACGGUGGCGCCGAAUGGGGCUGGCGACAGCGCCGCGGACGUGUUUCCUACAACGCAGUGCAGAGCCGAAGACUACAUCGAGGUCGCCAAAACGAUCCCGCAGCGACAACGUCUGUGCGCCGUCAACAAGCUUCUGAACGAGAGCCUCACUGAGGCCUCACGCGUUGCGGCAACCUGA